AUGCUUUUUCUGUACACCAUAAACACUUUUUUUUAGUAUUAUUGAAAUCGAUUAAAUACUUACAUCUGUCUGCCAAACAAAACAUAAAUACAAAGCAAAUUCCAACACUGCAAUGUCGAAGGGCAAACCUAUUGUCAUCAACACUGACAAUAGCAGCAAUAAUGCCGACAGAAAUAAACUCAAGAAGCCCAAGAAAAUGCUUAACGAUCCGCGCUUCCAGAUCCGACCCUCUCAGCAGGUUGCUUCCGCCUGCUCUGGAGCCAUGAUCACAGCAUGUUUCAUGACGCCGCUGGACGUCAUCAAGACGCGAAUGCAGUCUCAACAGGCCAGUUCCCAUAAGUGUUUUCUCUACUGCAACGGUCUGAUGGAUCAUCUCUUUGCCAUGUGUAAUAGAAGGCAGCCACAGUUCACAAGUACAUUGGAUGCACUGCUUAAGAUCAGUCGAAAUGAGGGUAUUGCAGCGCUGUGGAGUGGACUUGGCCCAACGCUAGUCUCUGCGCUGCCCUCGACAGUUGUCUACUUCGUGGCAUACGAACAGUUUAAGGCCAGAUACACAUCCAUUUAUAAGAAGCACUUUGAUACUCCCACCGCUCAUGGUAUAGGCUCCAGCCAGAAGGAUGUUCCGUUAUAUGUUCCCAUGCUGUCCGGUGUGACAGCUCGGAUUUGCGCAGUUACCUUCGUCAGUCCCAUCGAGCUUGUGCGCACUAAAAUGCAGAGUCAGCGCCUGAACUAUGCUCAGGUAAUGAACUUUGUACGGAACAUUAUCGCCUUGCAGGGCAUCUCAGGAUUAUGGCGAGGCCUGCCGCCCACCAUAUUGAGGGAUGUUCCCUUCUCGGGCAUCUAUUGGCCCAUUUAUGAGUACCUAAAGAUAUGCCUUAGCAACAAUGCAAUGCAGCCAUCGUUUGGACUGAGCUUCUUCGCUGGCGUGUUGGCUGGAUCGGUAGCAGCCCUGGUCACGUGUCCCUUCGAUGUGGUCAAGACGCAUGAACAGAUUGAAUUUGCGGAGCGCGUCAUCUUCACUGACUCACCCAGCAAGGAGCUGAACAAACAAUCCACCUUCAGUCGCCUGGCCUCCAUCUAUCGCGUCUAUGGACUGCGUGGACUUUUUGCCGGCUGCGUUCCGAGAUUGAUCAAAGUGGCGCCUGCAUGCGCCAUCAUGAUUUCGACCUUUGAGUAUAGCAAAUCGUUCUUCUUUUAUUAUAAUGUGCAGCAACACAAUGCGCAACUAUUACAGAAUAAUCCCAAUGCAAAGCUAAUCAAUGAUGAGGACAUUGAUUAGCUGCGUACACGUAUUUGCCAUUUUUAAAUAAAACACUUUAUAUUUCUUA